GCCGUGUGCGCUCUGUUGUUCCCCAGCGAGAGCAGCUCAGCCCCUAUUCACAUGUUAAUAAGCCCCUAUAAAUACUAACAACAGCCACUCAGCGCCAGCAGCACGUCUCACUAGGAUUACACAAUAAACACAGGGCACCUCGCCUCGCCUGCGAGUUGGUCGAUUUUUUUUUUCUUCGUGUAACCGGUUCCGUUUGCCAGCUGCCCCUCGCUGACGGGAAAAAGCAGCAGUGGGAGAAGCCACCGAAGCGGCGAUCCAACUAACAUGGCCCCCUCGGCUCGGCCCAGCAACACCGGACUGGAUAUGGAAGAGGAUGAGACCUACUACGGGAUUCAGAAAGCGGACAGAAAGACCAGGAAACCUUUGGUGGAGAAGAAGAGGCGAGCUCGCAUCAAUGAGAGUCUGCAGGAGCUGCGGACUCUGCUGGCAGACACAGACUUUCAUUCCAAGAUGGAGAACGCAGAGGUGCUGGAGAUGACCGUGAAGAAGGUGGAGGACAUACUGAAGAACAGAACCCAAGAAACAGACGCACUCAACAGAGAAGCCAGCGAGAGGUUUGCAGCCGGCUAUAUUCAGUGCAUGCACGAGGUCCACAUGUUUGUGUCCAGCUGUCCUGGCAUAGAUGCAACGGUGGCGGCGGAGCUCCUCAACCAUCUCCUGGAGUGUAUGCCGCUGAAUGAGGACCACCUCCAGGACGUGCUGAUGGAUCUAAUCACUGACACUUCUGGGACUAAUGGCAGCACUUGGCACGGGGGCGACGAGGCUCUCUGCACAACUCUAGAUUCACCCGGGGGCAGAAGUCUGUCCAGCAGCUCGUCCUCGGCCCUCUCCCCGGCCCCCUCCACCACGUCCAGUGAGGAUCUGUGCUCCGACCUGGAUGAGACCGACAGUGAGCACAACCAGAGCACCACUGAGGGCUUGGAGAACAGGGAGGCGCUGGCCACCAUGACCUACGCUCGGUCUAUGUGGAGACCGUGGUAGGGGCCUAAAGUUUUGAUGGAACGCAAUUUGGAUAUGUUGAAGCAGCUUUUUUUUUUAAAGAUGGGACACUGGGCCUCUUACUGAAAGGAAAAAUUCCACCCUACAGCACAUAAAACACUUGAAAACAACUGUUUUUGGGGGUGUAAUUUGCAUUCUUGGCUUAUUUACCCUUGCAGUCAUCUGGCCACAUGCAUGGAGUUUGUUUGUUUUUUCUGGAUUCCACACGUCAAUGUUCAAUAAUCACAUUUUAAGAGACCAAUCUCUUCACUGUCAACAGCCUCAGUUGAUUACAAUGUAAUGCAAGCUCAGAUCUCUUUUGUGGAAGGACCAUGGCAGUGGCUAUUCUCU